AUGACUUCAGUAUCGUUUAAAGUGGAUCCGGAAUAUGCAAAAAUAUCGGAAAUUAUUCCUGGCUUAUUUAUAUGCGGUGUAACUGCGUUAAAAAGAGAGAUUCUCGAUCGUUACGGCAUAUCUUUUAUCAUCAAUGCAACAACUGAAGUGCCAAAUCUUCGAUCACUUGGCCAUAUUCCUCGAGUGAAAUUAUGGCUUGAAGAUACGCCACAAGCAAAUAUAUAUCAACAUUUGGAAAUCUAUAGUGAUCAAAUUGAAAGAAUAUUAUCAGAUGGUGGUCGAGUUCUAGUGCACUGUGUAGCCGGAGUGUCGCGAUCAGCGUCAAUUUGUCUUGCUUAUCUUACGAAAUACAAAUGUCGAUCACUUCGUGAUGCAUAUCGUUUAAUGUCAUUAAAAAGGCCAUUAGUUAGACCAAAUCUAGGUUUUUGGAGGCAACUUAUUCAAUUUGAACAGGAAAUAAAGCGAUCGGUUGGCUCUGUACGCCUCAUUCUAGUCGAUUCUCAGCCAGAAAAUUAUUUACCCGAUGUUUACCUUAGGAAAGUUUACGAUGAAAAUGAUGAAGAAUCAGGAAAUGAGAAUUUUUCAAGCGUCGAAAAACGACCACAUCUUCAACGAAGCCGUAAAAAUCGCUUUAGGCCAGUUCUCGAACCACUUUUCGAAACAACCGAAACGGUUGGAGUAACUGCUUGA